UCUGCGGGGUCUCGGCCGGCCUGUCGGUUCUCGCGUUUAAAUGGUCAAUAAUUGUUUAUAUCAGCGUUGAUUCUCAAUUUAAAAUGGAUUACUUAUCUUACGGUACGCGCCAUGAGGCCUCUACGGAGGCAGUCCUGGCAGCGCUUCGAGAAAGCAGUAAAGGAAAGCUAGUCUACGAAAAUCACUGGCCGUCGAAAAAUUAUUGGAAGGAUGUUCUUCCAAGCAAGCCCGUGCUGCACUUCGACGCGAGGCUGUUGCCGACACUGUUUCAAUAUGACGCCGAGCAGAAAGAUGCCGUUGACGGUCUUGAAUCGCUGGACGUCACUCCGAGCGACCAAAGUUCCGGCGAGUUGGCCUCGGACACGCAAUCGCCGAAAAGCGACGACGCACAGGACCUGUAUGCGUACGUGAGCGGCUCGGACUUCGACGUCUCCAUACACCAGUACGAGGAAGAAAGACUCAACAGCGUCAGGGAGGCGAUGCGGAAGCGGAUUGCUCAGUAUGAGCAGCACAACCACCGGUGGGAGGAGCAGGCCAGAAAGCACCUAAUGUUGAUUGAGCAGAACCAGACACUAGAGUACCAGAUGCAGUUAGACAGGCUCAACCAGGAGUACCUCGAAGGGCUUCGAGAACUUGCAGAGAAAAGUCAAAAGGCACGGGAGCAUCACCAGAGCCACGUUCGGCACCUGAGGAACAAAAUUAAGGAAGCUGAGCUGAGACAAAAGCAGGAGGAAGAGGAAGAGAAGAAAAGGGAGGCCGAGUCAAAGCAGCGAGCGGAGUCCCUGCGCUGCCAGUGCAAGGAGAUGGAGUCCACGUUGGCAUCGGUGCGAAAGGCCCUCGGGGAGUGCGCGUUCGCCUCGUUCCUCGCGACACCCGUCGACGAACACCGGGGCCUGCUGGACCGCAUGGCCCGGCAGGUGGCAGCCUUUGGCGCGCUCACCGCUGUCUCGCGAGAGGACCUCCGUCGCGUCCUGGACUUUGCCACCCAGCUCAACACCCUGGUCCACUCAGUCGUUGCCGACGUUGAGCAAGCCACCAAGAAAGGAAUGGCACUGCAGAAGCAGGAGCAGCCGAAGGCCGUUGAAAAUACGACCAAUGACGUCGAGACGCGCGUUCAGGAAGCAGGCCACAAUACUCAGUCGCCAGAACCAUCGCCAGCUGCAGGAAGCAUGGGCCGUGUGGAGACCAGCCAGCUGAAAAGGCACGCCGACAUUUUGGACAGACUGGAACAGUGGCAGGCCUCUUACAAGGAGCUCACCCAGGACAAAGCACAAAAGAAGUACUGCUUUGACCUUCUGAAGGCAGUCACGAUCCCUGUGAACGCAUUGUCCACUUCGAGCUCGAUAACGGAGAAGUUGGAGCAGCUGAGCGCCGUGCUCUCGGGCAAGUCCUUCAAGGCGGGUCCCCGCACGAUCUCCACCAGCUCCCAUCCACUGGCACUGCGCUUCUGCCUCGACAAGCUUGCCGAGAAGAUUGUGCUGCAAGGUGAAGAGCAGAUUGUGUCCAAUGAAGAGACUGCCUUUCCCGUGGCGGCACUGGCAGUGGGCCUCUGGUGCCGCUACCCCGACCUGGGCGACCUUCUGCUGGGACACUUCUACAUGCGCUGCCCUGCUCUGGUGCCCGUCUUCUUCAGCCGCAGUAUGGCCGCUUCGGAGAGUGAAUACCUCAGGUUGUGUGGCUACAAGUGCACCGAAAACAACCUGGAGACGGAGAGCCAGUUCCUGAGGCGCAUUACGGGCCUCAUGCGCCUGUACGCUGCCCUGCUGCAAACGCCACUGCCCCCGUGGCACAAGCCUGCAGACGGCGACAGGUCGCGCCAGCCGCCGGGGCCGGAGCGCGGCUGGCAGUGGCUGGCAAUGUACCUGAACACGCCGACCGAGGACCCCGACUUUGCGGCCACGCUGAUCUGCACUUUCCUGGAGGUGGCCGGCUGGGCGCUGGCACGGGACUACGGCCGCCAGUUCCGCAAGGUCCUGCACGUGCUCUGCAAGGACUACUUUCCGCGUCUCAAGCAGCUCGUGAAGACGUCGAGCGGACCCAUUUCGCGGCUGGAAGCAUUGCUGCAACAGGUGCUCCGCAAGGGACACUUGGCUCGGCCGGAGGGUAGCCUCGGAGCCCAAGCAUGGAAGUGAGCCAAAGCUGCCAGGCGUAGACUUCCAAAGGCUACGUGAGGGGUGCCUCCAGUGUCGCCCUUGACCGACAGGAUCAAAGUCUGUCCCCAUGUCCACCUCUCCUGUCAUUUGUCCUACUGCUGUAUGACAACGGCAAGACACACAUGCAAAAGCUAACUUGCUGCCUCUUGUUGUUGGUGCAUAAGCUGUGACUGUGGUACUAAACUGCUGCCAGAUGGCAGGACCAAUAAGUGUUGUGACCGCUGCUUCGACGUUAAAAGUUUUGCCUGGCCGGUACUGUAAUCGUACACCUUCCACUACAGAGUAGUGGGUAUGACCAGCAUCUUGGCGCAUUUUACAUGAUGAAUUCGACAAAAAUUCUGUGUGCAUCACAAGUUCGACAGUAUGCAGCCAUGAUUGAAACCUAUGAGUUACAUUAUUGCUCAUUAGCCAAAGACUCGGCUUUCCACUACAUAGUUUGGUCACCAAGGUUAGAGCUACAGUUUGCUGCCAGUGGACAGGAAGAUCUGCUCACAUUUGGAUGUAUGCUUUAACUGCCUUCUAUUAUUGAAUGGAAAGCACCCUUGGGCGGAUGUGUUGCUGGCGGUGAUGAAAUCUUACUAGCAGUACUAAGAUAACAUAUUCAAUUCUGAUCCAAACAGUGGUUAAGCAAAGUCAACAAAACAUCAAAAACAGACCAAGUCGCACUUUGUAAACGCUGUAGGUGUGGCGGAAAAUCCAUCUAGCACUUCACAUGCAUCCAUCAGGCCUGUUCUUUAAAAGGCCUGAACAUGUUUUCUUUAGAUUUUCACAGCGAUAUUGCAUUGGAAAUGCCGAUUAGGAAAUCCUUUCGGUGUGUGCAUGUUUUGCUGGAAUGUGUAUUUUAUGUUCAUGGUGAAUACUUAGCAGGCUUAAUUGGAAUUGAGCUUUGUAGUGUUGGCAUUGAGUACGAUGAGCUGAACAUCGAGAUGUUGUUACUAGAAGUGGCAGUGUUAAAUUAUUAGCAAAGCUUUCUUCUAAAUGAUGGGACUGCAGCAAUUUAGGCUUUUACACUUGUUCUUAUACUUUUGAACCAAUUCAAUUACAAGACAAAUUAAAUUGUCAAAAGAGCCAGUUUUGGUGCACUAUCAUUAGGAUGGUCUCAUUCAGGCCACGCCCUAGAAUAUGUGUAAGUGAAGAUCAUGUGAUCGCUGUCUCAUC